AUGGCCGCUCCCGAGGUUCACCACCUCUUCCACCAUCCGAUUGCCGACCACUCGUUCUCUGCUGACCGCAAGACGCUGGCCGUCGCCAAAGACUCGGCUCUCGAGCUGUAUGGCAGAGUGGGCAGCGCCUUCAAGUUGAAGGACGAGUUGAAGGGCCACGACAAGACCAUCACCAGUGUCGAUAUCGCCGCCAACAGUGGCCGCAUUGUCACAUGUUCUCAAGACCGAAACGCCCUGGUCUGGGAGCCGUCCCCUACGGGCUACAAGCCCACCCUAGUUCUCCUGCGCAUUGCUCGAGCAGCGACCUUCGUCCGCUGGUCUCCUUCCGAGACCAAGUUCGCCGUCGGAUCUGGUGACCGCGUCAUCGCCGUCUGCUACUUUGAGGAGGAGAACGACUGGUGGGUAUCUAAGCACUUGAAGAAGCCCAUUCGGAGCACCAUCACCACCGUCAACUGGCAUCCCAACUCGGUCCUGCUGGCUGCUGGCUCCACCGACGCCCAUGCCAGAGUCUUCUCCAGCUUCAUCAAGGGUGUCGAUGCCCGUCCAGAACCUAGCGUAUGGGGGGAGCGCCUGCCUUUCAACACCGUCUGUGGCGAGUUCCUCAACAACUCGGCCGGCUGGGUACACUCGGUCGCCUUCUCGCCCAGCGGCAAUGCUCUUGCUUUUGCCGCCCAUGACAGCAGCAUUACCGUUGUCUACCCAACGGGCCCAGAGCAACCCCCGCAGGCCGUCAUUAGUGUCAACACUCAAUUGUUACCUUUCAUGAGCAUGAUAUGGAACGGUGAAACCGAAAUCAUUGCGGCUGGCUACGACUGUGAGGCCUUCCGAUUUCAAGGAGAUUCCUCGGGCUGGCAGCUGAGUGGUACCCUGGAAGCCAAAGGAAGACCUGGCUUGGGCGAUGCCCGAGAAGAGUCCGCGUUGAACAUGUUCCGACAAAUGGAUUUGAAGGGCAAGGUCAAGGACGACACUCAGCUCAAGACGGUUCACCAGAAUACCAUAUCGACAGUCCGUAUCUACGAGGGGAACGGCGAGUCCGUAAGCAAGUUCAGCAAUCGGCGGACCUCAGAAUCAGCAUUGUCAUCGCUAGUCUCCGACGACCAGACCAUCAGCAUCCACAGCGGCGACUCUGAGCACGUGCCGCGCAUCCACGCCGCUGUCCACACCAUCCAUGGCAUCUGCCUUGAGGCGACGAAGACGUAUCUCUGCACGCACGAAGCCAACCGCCGGUUACGAGCGAGCAGUGGUAGCGGCAGCCAGCAUCACGACGCGCCCCGCACACCUUCGGACAGCCAGCCCCCCUUCACCUACUCCUAUUCCUACAACGCUUCUCAGUCGCAGACGCCGUCAUCACAGCAGUCCCACCCGAGCGACCACAACAAGAGCCACCGCAGCGACAGGUCCAGAGACAAAGACACCACGAUCCCACCCGCCACCAACUCGCUCCUGCACAACGUCAGCAGCAUCUGCGGCAUGAUCUGGACGGGAUCGCAGCGGGACCGGCUGGACGUCCUCAACGUCGAGCGGCUCGCCGUCGACAGCAUGGCGCGCCUGCUGGCCUGGGCCGAGACGGUGGCGCUCGGCGACUACGACGAGUGGGCGUUCGCCGGGGAGGUGCUCGAGGCUGGCCACCAUCUGUGCGCCUGGCUGGGCGUGCCUGACGCCGUCCAGGCGAUGGAGACGCUGGAGGCGGAUCUGGCGGGCUGGGGUCGGCAACACGAUGCCAUCUGA